AGCGAGAGAAAAGCGCUCACGCUUGCUUUUUGUGGAAGGGCGGAUGAGUGUUGCGCGAGUUUAAUGGUUUUUUCGACAAAGAAAAGCCAGUUUUUCGUCUUGUUUUGUUGCAAAUUCAACUUGUUUUAAAAGUUUUAAUAAAACGACGCAAUUUCCCAAUGAAGAAAUGAAGUUUAAGUGAUUUCUGAGUGGUAAAAAAGCAAGCCAAAGUCACGCGUGUGCAAAACGAAUACGACACAAAAAAAUGAAUGCGAAGCAAAGUGCAAAAGGCAUUAACAAAUUAGCACCGAAUAUAGAAAAGCAGAAACUAUGAAUCGCAUUUAAAAAAUUAGUAGUAUUGUGAAAAUUUCAGCAAAAAUGUGCAUUUAAAUUUGAAUAUUCCGAGAAAAGUGGAAAUAACAAAGCAGCAAGAGCGAUCACAGCAACGCAAACAUAUUGAAAACAGUGUGGCCAAGGCAGCAGCAGUAGUAGUCCCGUAUUUGUUCGUUGUUGCGUACUCGUAUUUCUUUUGUUUUGUUUGGUUUCUGUGGACGUCGUGAACAGCACACACACACAAGCGUACAUACAACGCCGCCGUUCGUCUCGUAUUCGUUUUUGUUGUUGCUGCCCCUGUACGUGUGCGUCAGCCUGUUCGCGCGACUAUCUCCGCGGCCGUUUUGCAUGCCCACUCAGUAAAUUUGUAUGAGUGUGUGUGUGUCUAUUUGUAUGCGUUAAGGCAAGGACGACGCUUUUUAUUGGAGCGAAUCGGCGCCAAGUCAUACGCAUUUUGAACGAGCGGUGCAGCCAUCGAGUGCACAUCGAAUUGCACUGGAGCAGCCGUCAUCGCUGGCAGAAGCAGUUGUGGCGCUAAUUGCUGCUGCAACGCUCCUCUAAGAUGGAUACUUUCCGCAAGUGGCUCAAUAAACCAAAGGCCGAUGACAAAUCUCUACUGGCUCGCUUUUACCAUGCGGAUCGCUCCCUCACGGCUGUGGCCAGUGAGUUGGACAGCUUUGACGGACGUGCUGAGCCAGAUCGCUGUUCCCGUUUGGUCAGCAGAUUACGACAAAAUCAGGACAAAGUGUUGGCCAUCACCAAUCUCAUAAUGGAGGAGCUGCUAGGUGAGGAUCGUGAUCCACGCUGUUUUCGUGCAAAGUUUCCCGAGGAGGUUUUGCAGGAGAAUUUGGCCGGUCAGUUGUGGUUUGGCGCUGAGUGUCUCGCCGCCGGUUCAUCGAUCAUGAACCGUGAGGCAGAGAGCAAGGAAAUGCGCCCACUUGCGCAGGCCGUGACCAAGAGUCUGGGCAAUGUGCGAGUGCUGCUGCGCGAUCAAUGCUUGCGCAACAAUGUGCCUAAUAGCAAAACUCUGCAUCUGGACCUGAACGACUCAACCACGGAACAGUUGUAUGAGAGUCUUAAGAUCUUUGAUCGUCUCUUCGCCGAGUUCGAACUGAGCUAUGUGAGCGCCAUGGUGCAAGUAAAGUCGCGCCAUGAAUAUGAGAUGCAACAAUGGAUUGGUGUUCUCUUUUCCGAGACGCUGCAACGAGCCCUCAAAAUAGGAUUACUUGAUCAGGAGAAGGUAGAUGCCUUUGAUCCUGGACUGAUGUUUUCAAUACCGCGAUUAGCUAUUGUAGCGGGUCUAGUCAUCUAUGCCAAGGGACCCCUCAAUAUGGACAUGCCGGCUGAUCAGUUGUCGGAAAUGUUUCGACCAUUUCGAACAAUUCUGAUCAAGAUACGGGAUCUGUUGCGUAAUUUAAACAAGCAGGAACUGUAUCAGUUGGAAAAAGUAUUGUGCACCAACGAGGACAUUAACACAAAGGUACCGGUGGGCGCCAGCAGCAUUGAGGCGCCAAGUCCCGAGCACAGUGUCAGCAACAACAACAACGAAAGUAACAGUGACAACGACAGUAGCAGCAGGAAAAACUCAAUAAGUGGCCACAAAAUUGUGGAGCGUUUGAUAGACCAGCGCAACAACAAUAACCUCAACACAGGCGGCGACAGUAACAGUCACCUUGCUGAAGAAGCCCAAAGCCAGGCAAGUUCGCGAGAAGCACGCUUUAGCCCACGUUCUUCGUCACCGUCCGUGUCGUCGCUAUCGGCUGCAAGUACGCCAACGGCGUCGCCAACACCUUCACAUUCAAUAGGUUCUACAGCAUCGGCGGCAACCUCAUCCACAAAUGCCACAGUUAACUGGAGCGACGAUGAGGCAGACGAAGACCAUGAUGAUGAUGUAACGCAUACUGAUACAGACUCGGAGCAGCUGCUAAAAGACAUUGUUGCUCCCGAUUGUGCCUCGGGCUAUCUUAUACCAAACACUAAUUUGGGCAAUCUGCUGCAACCGCAAGAAGUUCCUCUCACGGAUAAUUUCGUGGCAAGCGAAGAUGAUGAGUAUGGCCAGCAGGAGUUUGCGGAUGAAGAGCCCACCACAAGUGCUGCAGUUCUGGCGACAGGGCGAGCUCAGAAACUGCUUCGCUUGACAAGCAUCGACAGCGAACCCACUGAACAUUUGACAAUCAAUUUAUCGGAGGAGCAGAUGCCCACCAACGAAAGCCGGGGUGUGUGUAGUCGUGUUCGCCACCACCACCACACGCACAGCCAUCGGCAUCACCACAGACAUCAUCUUCAUAGCCACAAUAGUCAUCACCAUCAUCAGUCGGAAGAGUCGCAUCCACAUGCACAUUGCACGAGCCGCUCCGGUGGACGGCAGCGCACACCUUCGUCCAAGUACUGUAACAAUAAGAAUUGCGAUGCCACUACAGCAGCACAAAGUCAGCAUGUCAGCUCCAUGGUGGAAUCAAAGAGUGUGCAACCAAACUCGGGCUCAGACACCAGCACCGCCUCCUCGCUGUCCGACACCAAUCAAGCCGAUGUCUCUUUGGCCAUGCGCAGCACCACGGCACGUCUGAAAUUUAAGAGCACUGAAAACCUGCUUCAUCGCCUAUUUGUAUGCAUUGCCGGCGUUGCCGAUCAGUUGCAAACAAAUUUCGCAUCCGACCUGCGUCAAAUACUACGCAGCGUGUUUCUUAUAAAUGUGUCGUCGGCCCAGGAGGAGAUUGACAUACCGGAAAAGACAAAGGAGUCGGAGCUCUUUGAGUUUCGAGCUUCAGAAAACGAUGUGAUACAAGAGAGCGCCGGCUCCAACCAAAGCAUUUACUCAGCCGAGGAGGUCAAUCCCGAGCUGGACAAUGUGUUCAAUAACGGCAGCAGUAAUCCCCAAUCUGCCGUCGUCAUCGGGACGCGUCACUCGACAGGUACUAGCAUUCAGCGCAACAAUACUAUAGAUCUGGCGGCAGCCGAUUCGGAUACAGCGCCGACAACUCGUAACCACGUUGCACGCAGUCGUAGCUUGGGCGAUCAAGAGGCCACGACGGGCACUGCCCCCACAGCCAGUGCCACGCACUAUCAGCAUCAACUUGAGCAGCAGCAGCAGCAGCUUCAACGCCAGCGUAACAAUUCCGUGGGCAGCAACACGCCGUCAAGCGCAUCGUCCACCACCUCCUCGGAGCAGAAUUCGCCAGUAAGUGCACGCAGCGGUAGUGGCCGUCGGCACAACAGCAACAGCGAGUUUCCUGUACGUCUACCGAUGACUAGCAACUAUGCCUCCAACGCUACCGUCGACUCAACAGCACCCACAUCGGCAACCUUAUCGCCACCCGCUUGGAUACCCGAUGGAAAGGCGCCACGCUGUAUGUCCUGUCAGACGCCCUUCACUGCCUUCCGGCGACGUCAUCACUGUCGAAACUGCGGCGGUGUAUUUUGCGGAGUGUGUUCCAAUGCAUCUGCGCCGUUGCCUAAGUACGGACUGACCAAGGCGGUGCGCGUUUGCCGUGAGUGUUAUGCGCGAGAGGUGCGUACAUCUGCUUUGCCACACCAGAACACACCGCCGUCGCGCGAUGUACGGACCCAGACUGCUAGUGCUUCUUAGGACUGGCCGCUCUUGUGCCUGCCGGUGCUGGCAGGCGCAGCUCAAGCGACCCAUGGAAGAGGUGCAAAUGGGCGAAUGAAAAAAAAAGCUAACUGUGAAUCGCAAUUGUUUUCCAAAAUUGUUUUCUUUAUUUUAUAUGGUAAACCUAGACAAAUACAAUUAUUCUUUUUGUAGCAAGCAACCAAUACAUAUGUACGUACAUAUACAUAGUUAUAUAUGCAUACCUAUAUAUUUUUUAUUUAGAUUUCAAUGACCAACUGAAAGUCUUUAAAAUGUGUACAAUAAAGCGCAUUGAUGUGCAUGUAAUCCCGUCUUUUGUAA